CUACCUGCUGUGAUAGACAAACACAAAUUCAGAUGCGGCUCCUGUACUGGAAGCUGGUUUUGUACACUGAUGCCACCUACUGGACAGCAUGGUGACUAACAAGCAAAACCUCAUACCCACCCUCAAACCUUCCCUUGCAGUUUUUGGGCAGCACUUUAAGGAAUCAAAUUUCCUCCAAGCAGGAUACUUUUUAGCAAAGAGCUUCAUUUUCCCCACUCUCAGUCUUGGGUAAGAGGUGGGGCUGAAAUACCUUGAAUAUGCUAAUUACUUCCUGAGCGGAGGGAUAAAGUCCAAAAGGCCCCGCACUUAAGGGGGCUUUUUUUUUUUUUUUUUUGCUAGCUCUGCCUCCUUUUGCUUCGUGGCUUCUUUUAGAAGAAUGAGCCCUGUGUUUCCUAGUACAGAGAGGAAUUAAGGAACAGACUUGAACUAACUCAGGAGGCUGUAACUAGCCGCAACAAAUGAAGACAGAUUAUUUUUCUUAAAUCUUAUUUUUGCAGCAUCUUAUGCUAUGCAUCAUCCAGACGGAGAAAGGAAGGGGGCAGAGAAUCAGCCAACAGCAAUGAAGGAGGAGGAGGAGGAACAGCAACCCAUAACUCCUGAUGGAGGAUGGGGAUGGAUGAUAGUGCUUCACUUCUUUCUGGUAAAUGUGCUUGUGAUGGGAAUGCUGAAAACCUUUGGAAUUUUCUUUGUGGUCUUUCAAGAAGAGGUGGGAGGCUCUUCAGAACAAAUCAGUUGGAUUGGCUCCAUCAUGUCCUCUCUCCGCUUCUCAGCAGGUCCACUGGUCACUAUAGCCUGUGGGAAGCUGGGGGACCAGCUGACCUCCAUCAUUGGGGCAGGCCUAGUUAGCAGUGGUUGUCUGAUCAGCACACAGGCCACUAGUAUCUCCUUCCUGUGUGUUAUGGGACUGCUAUUGGGGCUGGGCUUUGCUUGCUUGUAUCAAGCAGCUGCUGUGAUGACUGCCAGGUACUUUAAAAAGAGACUGGCUCUAUCCAAUGCAAUUGCACGCUCAGGAAUGGGAUUGACAUUUGUACUAGCACCUUUCACUCAACUUCUGAUAGAUUUUUAUGGUUGGCAAGGUACCCUACUGAUCUUUGGAGGGAUCACGUUAAACCUUGUGCCUUCUAGUAUGUUACUGCGACCUAUUAUCAUCAAGAAUCUCCAGGACUUUUCUGGUAGAAAUGUAGACAGUGGAUCAUUAACACAAAGUAAACAUCCAGGAACUCUUACAAGCCACCUAGAUGAAAUCAGUACCACAGAAACACAGUUUAAUACUAGACUGGAUUCUCCUAUGCAAGAUUCCACUGUCACAAACAGGCUCCAGUCAGCUGGAACGUUAGAGUUCACUGGAACUAGUGAUCCUGCUGGUCUGGAAGGGCCUGAGAGAGAAACCUCCAACCGCUACUCUCCUGAUGGAGCUAGUGACAGGGACUGCGGCUAUAACAACCUUCCACUGCAAAAGGAAUGGAAUUCCCACUUAUGGCCAGUUCCCAGCAGGCAGCCUCUUCUUGAUUUCUCACUGCUGAAAGAUCCCUUCUUCUGUAUUUUUGCCUGGUCAUUUUUGUUCAGCCAACUGGCCUACUUCAUUCCCACCUUUCACCUGGCAGCAAGAGCCAAAACCUUGGGCAUAGACAGCAUGGAUGCCUCUUACCUCAUUUCAGUGGCUGGGAUUACAGAGACAGUCAGCCAAUUGCUUUCUGGUUGGAUUGCUGAUCAGAACUGGAUCAAGAAGUAUCAUUACCAUAAGACUUACCUUAUUCUGUGUGGCAUCACUAACCUGCUGGGUCCUCUUGCCACAUCCUUCCCAUUACUUAUGGUCUACACCAUAAGCUUUGCCAUAUUCUGUGGUGGAUACCUGGCUCUGCUGCUCCCUGUACUGGUAGAUCUUGUAGGUGUCCCCAGACUCCACAGUUCUUUAGGAUUUGCCUCAUUCUUUGCUGGAAUAGCAGCCAUCGCUGGACCUCCAAUAGCAGGUUGGCUGUAUGACUACACUCAGACAUAUGCCUGCUCCUUUUUCUUUGCUGGAACCUGUUAUCUCAUCGCACCCAUUUCCUUCUUCUUUGAGCCUUCAGCCCAUAAGUGGAAGCUACGGAAAGAAGCGGAGUUGAACAAAGUGAGCACUUAGCGGCAAGGCUCUGCUGCAGUUGGAAGAAAAGAAGCCUGACUUCAGAAGGUGAUAAUUAGGACAGACUUUUCACUAAUUAAUAAAAAGAUGGCAGAAAAAUGAACACAGACAUUUGUCGCAACAAAAGACUCAAAUGAUCUAUCUUAUUGUCCAUAAAUGUUACUUCAUGAGCAAGUGGUGUUUAAGAUCAAGAUGAGCCCAGCAAGAUAUGCAUUUUGGCUAAGACUUUUUGUUCCUACAAAUAUCCUCAGUUUGCCAUGAAGUCUAGUCAUCUCUUAAAACAACUUCACUGUUUCUGUUCUUCCCCCAAUGUACAUUAUCUCAUAUGUUUAACGUGAUUAGUAAGAGCCUCUGUAUUAGGUAAUUCAUUUCUGCUUUUCCAGCUUGCUUAGCCAGGAUCCUUAGCCUGAAGGGUUAUCUAAACCCAAUCAGCCUAACAUAUGAAGUUAAAAAACUGACUCACCUUUCAACAUAAAGCAGAUGAGACCCUCAAAAGUGCUAAAACAUAGAGGAUCUUGUUAAUUAGGUUAAAAAUAACGAUUAAAUUUAAGCUUCAGAGAAACAAAGAGGGAGUCCACAAAAACAGUUUUUUCUGCACCCAGAAAACAACAUUGUGACUGCUAAAAGUUCUCCUGACCAUUGGCAUGGUACAUCUUUGUUAACACACAGGAUGGAACCAAAAGUAAUUUAAUUAAUGAUAAAGUUAAAUUCAAUCCCCUUUUCGUACAAUAUAACCAAUUGUUAUUUGAUGUGCUGGGUAUAUUUUCAUUAAAAAUUUAGCAGCACAACUGAAAUUCCUGAGUU